ACCGCCAAGAAGUUUCAUUUCUCCUGAAAAUUCAAUAAAUGGAGCCUCCGAAGAAGAUUUUCAAGCCAUCCGACGGUUCAAAAGUCACAGAAUUGCAUCUUUCGAUCCCUCCGAGCUUCCAACCGACGGGAAUUUCAUAUCAACAUGUCGAAAAUAGGACCAUGCUCAUCGUUCAAGGUGUCAAUGAGAUCCUCACGUUCCUUCUCGGAGACCUUCGAACGAUUCUAAGCACACCAAAUGCCAUCAAACCGCUGAAAGAGAACUUAAUUCAAGUAGAAAGUUCAGUUUUGAAGAUAAUUCACAGCAAAGUUCGAACUUACUGCCUUCAUGAAGAUCAAAGUCUCUCCUCUUUUGCCUCUUACAAGCAACUUAAACAGCUGAAAAGUCCCUCAGGAUGUCGUGACAUCAUCAAAUACAGAGAUGGGGUUGCUGUUCUCGUGAAAAACCCUCGAGAAAACUUGCGGAUCGAACUUUUGCCAGACACGAACAACGAAAAUCCAUCAAAAAUUGUCGAUUGUGGACCAGCAGUUGAUGACGAAAGUUAUUUUUUAGGGCAAUUUGUUGUUUCUGAACGAAAUUUGAGUUUUUUAAGUGCUUUUUUAGGUGUUUCGAUGCCUGUGAGAAAAGAUCCUUUUCUGCUUUUCUCCGUGGGAAAUAAUAUUUUUUGGAUAAAUGACACAGAAGACGAUGAAAUUCGAAUAAUUCGAAGUUACAGUUCAAAAAUAAUGAGAUUUUUCAUGAAAAAUUCACUUUUCAUCGCAAUUUUGGAAUCCGGAACGAUGGAAAUUUCGUAUUUAUGUUCCUUACUUGGAGUUGUUGGCUCGAAAAGAUUCCAUUUGUUCGAAAAUUGUUGGAGUUUGUGCACGGAAAAGCUCUUAGCGGUGUCAAAUGGCAACGAACUUCAUGAAAUUGAGGUAAAACAAAUGAAAAAUGACGUAAAAAUUGAUAGAAAAGUCACAAAAUUACCGGGGAUCGUUGGAAUUGUUUUCGUGAAGGAAGUCAAUCGACUGUUGAGCAUCACAGAAAAUCGAUUUAUGUAUCAUUGGGAAGUUACGACAAAAGAAUUUGCGGUUGGAGAUGAUGAUGAUGAGUUUCAGUUGGUCGAUGAUAAAUAUCUGUUAAAAGCAAAUUCUGUUAAAAAUCUGUUACAAAAGUUACUUGAGGUGCACAAAACUUACCAAAAAACCAUCGAUGAGAAACAAUCAAGGCAUGAAUUGCUCGAAAACUUUCGUUCAAAACGCUUUUCAAGCAUUUCUUCACAAAAUUCGUACUUGGAAUCGAUUCCUCGUGACUUGAAAAAUUACGUUCAUAAUCUCCAAAGUCUCUCAAUGGACCAAAAUUUGCUAUUUCUCGUCGUUGACAUGAAAAUUGAUGACUUACGGACGAUUUUAUGUAUCGAAAACACAUUUAUAUUGUUCGAAUAUUCAUUUGAAGGAAAAAUUCGAAAAAGAUUUAUUCGUCUAAAAGAUUUUUUAUCGGAUGAAAAAUCAAAAAUUCUCUUCGACGUGAGCCAAAAAGGACAUUUAUCGUUGCCAGAGAUGAAAAUUUCACUUGUUCACCUGAUAAGACAAAAUACUGACCUUUUAAUGUUAAAAACUGACGUGAAAACGAAGACUGAAGAUUUGAAACAAGAAAUUGUGAGUGAUGAGGAAGUAUCAAAAAUUACGAAAACGAAUGAAAAUUCACUCAUUAAACGAAUUUUGGGAGAAGAAAUUAAAAAUUCAAGCGAAAUUAGUUUUUCACAUAGCUUAAAAGUUCCUAACUCGAACAUUUUAUUGAACAAUUUCAACUUAAGUUCAUCAAAUAAUCGUUCAGUCAUUAAAAUCCAUGGGAAAUUUGCAAUUCUUGAAUUAAUUCAUGAAGAAGAUGUGCUUAAAAUAUCAUCGCCUGACUUUGGUUUAGUGAAUUAUCUCAAAAAUUUGAUUUUACGAAAAAUUUUUGAACAAAAUAAUUUUCAAAAAAUUUCGUUUGAUUCAAACUUUGAGAGAAAAAUGAAGGAAUUCUUGCCGAUAUUGACUUCAACGAAUAUCAAUGACAGGGAUGUUUUAGAAUAUUAUCGAAAAAUACGAGAGCUUCCUAUUGAAUUUUCCGCUAAUUAA